AAGAUGACUCACAGACUUUGCACAUGUUCUGCGAAUGAUUAAUGAUAAAUGAGGAAUUAAGUAUCAGAAUGUAUCACUAGGAUCAUAACACUUCCUAUUUGUAUCCAGCACUGUAACUUUACCUGCAGUCUGAUUAUUGCAAGGAUCUUGCUGUAUUCUGAAAUUAGUGAAACAUGACCAACCAGGGUCUUUAUAUCAACAUUGACACGUGGAUUGCUGAAAAUGAGGGUUCAUUUGUACCACCUGUAUGCAACAAAUUAAUGUUUUUCUAUCAACUGAAUAUUAUGUUUGUUGGUGGUCCAAAUGUAAGGAAGGAUUAUCACAUUGAGGAAGGGGAAGAGCUCUUUUACCAGGUGAGGGGUGACAUGGUUUUGAAAGUUAUAGAGAACGGCAAGCAUAAAGACAUACACAUUCGAGAAGGAGAGAUGUUCCUGCUUCCAGCACGGGUUCCCCAUUCUCCUCAGAGAUACGCAAACACAGUAGGGCUGGUCGUGGAGAGGAGGAGGCUUCGCUCUGAGACAGAUGGCCUCAGGUACUUUGUGGAUAACACUACAGAUGUCUUGUUUGAACGUUGGUUCUACUGUGAGAACCUGGGAACCCAACUUGUUCCCAUCAUCAAAGAGUUUAUGGAAUCCAAACAGAAUAAAACAGGAAAGCCUGAUCCAGCUGAACCCAUCAAGCCAACCCCAUACCCACUCAACACUGUGAAGGUGAUGGCACCGUUCUUCUUCAGAGAGUGGAUGGAAAAGCAGAAGCCUUCCCUGGCUGGUGGUCAGCCGGUGGAUAUGUUUGGAGCACAGUUUGAGACUGAGACAUUACUCUUUGGUCCAGGGACAUCUGGAACCUCUAGGAGAAAAACUGAUGGCUGGAUCUGGCAACUGGAAGGGUCCUCCAGUGUCUUCAUGAAUGGCAAGGAGUACAACCUGUCCAUAGGGGAUUGUCUUCUUAUUUUUGGAGAGACCGAGUAUCAGUGGAAACGAUCACACAAUUGUGUCGCUUUGUAUGUUGCCCAAGACCCAGAACGGAAGAGACCCUUCUGAGACACAUCAACACACAUGAGAACUUCUUUAGGAGCAAAUGUAUCAACAAUUUUAAUAACGACACUCUUUCGAAUGUGUUCACAAUAUU